UACAGAUUCAAAGAGCGUGCAAAUAUGCAACGCAAUGAUGAUUAUUUACUUCAUUUGGGGCCUCCACUUGAUCACUUGCCGUUGCUUCUUUCUUGCUCAAAUGCCGGCUAGCUUACACUCUUCUUCUUCCUCCUCCCACUUGACCAUUUCCUGGCCUCUGAACUGAACACUCUCCCGUUCAGCAUAAAUUAAUCUGCUGUCCAGCUUACUGCUUCAGGUUUUGCAGGGGUGAAUUGGAGCAAAAAAAAAAGAGGUUCUCGGUCAUGGCGGCGGCCGUCCGGUGGGUGGUUCUUGCAUGUGUCGCCGUCGGCUGCGCCACCGGCGACGAGCAGCCGCUGUCGAGGAUUGCGAUCGAGAGGGCGACGGUUGCUGCUGCUGAUUCAGCCAGCGUGAAGGCUCACCCCACGGUUCUUGGCCUCGAGGGUCAAAGUAGUGACUGGGUGGUGGUUGAGUUCUUCCAUCCGAAACCCUCCAAUGACGACUGGAUAGGUGUCUUUUCUCCUUCAGAAUUCAGCGCUGAAAUAUGCCCACCAGAAUACUAUGGAGACCUCCCACCCAAUUUGUGUACAGCACCUAUCAAGUUCCAGCUUGCAAAUUUCAAGAAUGACGCCUACAAUCAAACUGGCAAGGGCUCCUUGAGGCUGCAAUUAAUCAACCAGAGAGCGGACUUCUCAUUUGCACUCUUUUCAGGAGGCCUUUCCGCACCAAAGCUGAUUGCUGUCUCAAACAAAGUAUCCUUUGAAAAUCCAAAGGCACCUGUCUACCCUCGGUUAGCGCAAGGGAAAUCUUGGAAUGAGAUGACAGUCACAUGGACAAGUGGAUACAGCAUCAAGGAAGCUAUGCCAUUUGUCGAAUGGGGUCAUAAAGGCGGAUCUCUGACACUUUCUCCAGCUGGAACGUUGACCUUCAGCAGAAAUAGCAUGUGUGGUUCACCUGCACGGACAGUCGGCUGGCGCGACCCUGGUUAUAUUCAUACAAGCUUCUUGAAAGAAUUGUGGCCCGAUACCCUAUACACUUACAGGCUUGUUCACAGACUACAAGAUGGAACUCACAUUUGGAGCAAGUCUUACAGCUUCCGAGCAUCACCUUAUCCUGGCCAAGAUUCUAUGCAACGUGUCGUGAUCUUUGGGGACAUGGGAAAGGCAUACAUAGAUGGUUCUGACGAGUAUGGAAACUAUGAGCAAGCCUCCUUAUACACUACCAAUCAGCUAAUCAAGGAACUGGAUAGCAUUGACAUGAUCAUCCACAAUGGAGACAUUUCAUAUGCAAAUGGCUAUCUGUCUCAGUGGGACCAGUUUACAGCACAAAUAGAACCAAUUGCUUCAACUGUUCCAUACAUGAUUGGAAUGGGUAAUCAUGAGAGAGAUUGGCCUGGAACUGGGUCAUUCUAUGGACAUAACGAUUCUGGUGGUGAAUGUGGUGUUCCUACUCAGACCAUGUUCUAUGUCCCAGCUGAGAAUAGGGCAAAACUCUGGUACUCAACAGACUAUGGCAUGUUCAGAUUUUGCAUAGCUGAUUCUGAACAGGACUGGAGGCCAGGAACUGAGCAGUAUAAAUUCAUUGAGCAAUGCCUAUCAUCGGUCGACAGGUCAAAGCAACCAUGGCUCAUCUUCCUUGCACACCGAGUUCUUGGGUACUCAUCUGCAAGCUGGUAUGAGAUCAUGAUGGGGUCAUAUGGUGAACCGAUGGGCCGAGAUGGCCUCGAGGAACUCUGGCAGAAGUACAAGGUUGAUCUUGCGGUUUUCGGUCAUAUACACAGCUACGAGCGCACUUGCCCCAUUUAUCAGAACCGGUGUGUCCAGGACGGUUCAAACCAUUACAGUGGUCAAUUCAACGCAACGACUCACGUAAUCGUGGGGGGUGGCGGUGCGAUGCUUUCUCCCUUCAGAGACAAUGUGCCCUAUUGGAGCUUCUACAGGGACCACGACUUCGGAUUUGCGAAGCUCACUGCACUCAACCAUUCCACUCUGCUCUUCGAGUACAAGAAGAGCCGGGAUGGCAAGGUCUAUGACCAAUUUACAAUCUCGCGUGAUUACCGAGAUAUCUUGGCCUGCUCAAUUGACAAUUGCCCAAGAACCACCUUGGCAGUAUGAGCAGUCUCCACUGGCUCAUCUUUGUGAAGUAUUAGUAUGUGACUUAAGCAUAUAUGCUCAGCACUGUACUAUUUUCCUCUGGACUAUCUAGUGAACCAGUGAAUAAGGAGACUGAAUAAAACUCCAAUCAGCUGAAGUCUGAGUUGCAAUUAGCCAUGUUUUUAGAGAGAAGCAAUUAUCCAGUCACACUGCCAAUUUAUAACAAUAAAGAGCUAAGUAAAUAAAGCUGCUGAUGCAUAAUAUGCCCAAUCAAUCCAUAUAUUUACA